CCGGACACCGCGACACUCCGCGCGGCGUCAGUCCCGCCCAGUCUCUGCUCUUCGUCCGUCCGGCAGCUUCGCGCCCUUCGUUCCAGGCGUUUGGCCGAGCAGGAAGCUGACGGAGUCUCGAGGCUGCCGAAGGGAUCGUCGCCAGGGAUGGCGGAGCGCGAGGAUGGAGCCGGUGUCCGGGCUGUUCUCCUGGACGCUGAGCAGAGUCCUGCGGCUCUUGGGCCUCUCUGAGCGGGGAACGGCCCGGCCUCCCCGGAUCAUGGAAGAAAAGGCGCUAGAGGUUUAUGAUUUGAUUCGUACUAUUCGAGACCCAGAGAAGCCCAAUACUUUAGAAGAACUGGAAGUGGUAACGGAAAGUUGCGUGGAGGUUCAGGAGAUCAAAGAAGAAGAUUAUCUGGUUAUUAUAAGGUUCACGCCAACAGUACCUCAUUGCUCUUUGGCGACUCUUAUUGGACUGUGCUUAAGAGUAAAACUUCAGCGUUGUUUACCAUUUAAACAUAAGGUAAGGAAAUUGUUUUUUGGUGUUUAAUAACAGUUCUAUUGAGUUUUAAUGUAUAUAUCAUACUGUAUCA